AUGCCCCGCCCCGACGUCCGGUGGCCUCUCGCCGCUCACCCAGUUCCGCCCCGUCCGCCGAGUCUCCUGCCGGGUCCUAAACCUUCCACAGAUUCCCGCCACGCCCACUACGCGCCCGCCGCGAGUUUCGCGCACUGCAGGUCCCGCGGGGCCCGACUUGUGCCGGCCCGUUCACUGCGGAACAUAUUUUCACAGACGCGUUUCCGGAGGCGGGAAUUUGGAGACGGACGAUCCGCCCCACGUAGGCUUCCGAGGCGACUACAGUGCAUGGCGGUAGGCGGCCCCAGGACAUCCUGCUCGGGAGGCACCAGCGGCCCCAGACCCAGGGCAACCCACGUGCAGUUACUCCGCCUCCAGAACGCUCUUAAUGUUGCAGGAGUUUUGAAUUCCACCGUCAGUCUAAAGCAGCAACCUCUGGUUCUUGUCCCACCACCAAGAAGAUUAAGGAACGCGUACACCAAAAGGAUCAGUGAAAGUGUAUUAAGCAACAAAACUAUCUCCAGAGAAGAUAGGGAACGGAAAUGGUUAUCUGGUGAUGAAGGCAGUGCAACCUCGAAGAAGCAAAAGAAUAAAAAGAAAACUCGGACCAGAGCCUCGGUGGAAAAUGGAGGUGACAAGGCCUUGGAGAAGUCUACCCCAGAGGAAGUCCCCCUAAGUGCUGAGGCCCAGGCGAGGCAGCUGGCUCAGGAACUGGCCUGGUGCGUGGAGCAACUGGAGCUGGGCCUCAAGAUGCAGAAACCGACCCCGAAACAGAAAGAGCAGGCUCUUGGGGCCAUAAGAACCCUGCGCAGCAAAAGAACUCCCCUGCCCCGGAAGAGGCAGCUGAUGCAUUCCUUGUUUGGGGACUACAGGGCUCAGAUGGAAGCAGAGUGGCGUGAGGCCCUGCAAGCUCUAAGAGCUGCUGCCCUCUCAGCCCAGGUGCAUUCUGUAAAUGAAGCUACCAGAAAGAAGAACCGAAGGGUCUGCAGGCCUCGCCCUGCAGCGAGAUCCAAAGCCACUCUGGAUAUGCCUGAUGAAGAGUUUAGGUUCAAUUUCUUUUAGCCUCUCCUUGAUCCUGGAAUCAUCCAUCUUUCCUGGGUGGUGCAGGGGUUUGUCUGGAGUACAGAACCUUUCCAGGAAUUCUCUAUUGGCACAUUUGGGAUUGUUCUGUCCCUGGUUUGUCUGAGGCUCUAGGACUAUUGGGUAGGUGUGAGACUGUCAGACAGACACAAGACCUCUUUUAUUUUCUGAUGAAAUGUCUCUCCUGCCAGAAGAGAGAGAAAUCUAUUUAGGAAUCUACAAUAAAUUGAAGUGAGUGUUUCGUGUGUUGUAGAAAGAAUAUUGUUUUCAGACUAGGAUUAAAUUAAGUAGCUGUUGGUAACAAG